AUGGAGGAGAGGACCAGACUGCUGGAGCAGAGGGUGAGGGGGAUGGAGGAGAUGACCAGACUGCUGGAGCAGAGGGUGAGGAGGAUGGAGGAGAUGACCAGACUGCUGGAGCAGAGGACGGACUGCUCCAGCGACAGCGAGAGUGAAGAUAACUUCAUAGUGAUCCCACCUAGAGACCACCUGGGCCUGGCUAUCUUCUCCAUGCUCUGCUGCUUCUGGCCCCUGGGCAUCGCUGCUUUCUACUUCUCCCAGGGGACCAGCAAGGCGGUGACGAAGGGCGACUUCCCGCUGGCGAGCAUCGCAUCCCGAAGGGCUUUGUUCCUGGCGGCCCUCUCCAUCACCAUCGGGACAGGCGUCUACGUGGGGGUGGUGGUGGCCCUCAUCGCCUACCUCUCCAAGCCAGGUCACAUAUAGCAGCGCCAGGGGAAACUGGUCCUACCGGUAAUGGAAGACUGCUACUACCAGGGAAAGGUUUAGGGGGGCAUCAUUAUUUUUUCUUCCACCAUUACCUCUAUCUGUCCGGCCUUCUCUCAGACUACCAGGGGAACAACAGGAGAGGAGUGAGGAACCACCCCUUCUCAAUGGACACUUGCUACUGCCAGGGAACGGUUUGAUCUGCCCUCCUCCCGUAACAUAACAGUACUGCUGACAUGGAAUACGUUCCUCUAUCCUCCUCCCUCAUCCCUUCAUCUCUCUAUCCUCCUCCCUUCAGCCUCCCUACAGGCAGCAAAGAUUAGAUGAAGGAAUAAAGAGGAGCUAGGCAUGAAGGGGAGAGGAGGAGGAGGGGGAGGAGGAGGAAGAGGAGGAGGAGAAGAGCAAAGGGAAACUAGGACAGAGAGAACACAGACACCGUUUUCUCUGGGAAAAGUUAUCUGAAGUGAGGUAAAGAAGAACACAGUUUGUGCUGUCCUGUUCCGUUGGCCUUCCCCCCCUGUAGGGUGUUUGAACUCUGCUUUGUUACUUCAACAUUCUACAGACCAUUACAGAAACAGAGAUGGGUGGGGAGGGAUGUUUGCAAUUACUGAGACGUUAGCAGACGGAGGGAACUUCAAGGGACCGCAGUGUCUGGAGGUCUCACUGAGAGGACUAUAAAAACGUCCUUGAAUUCUCUAUCUGUAUGCCAUCCGAACCAGGUUUGAACAUUUUGAUUAUUUGGAGCCCCUGCUACUAACUGACUAUCUCUGUUAAUUUACCAUCUAAUGCUUCUUCAAUGGGCCUGGUUCUAAGGCCCGCUGCUGGGUGGUUCUCUGUCAACAUGAAGCUUCCU